CGCCAACAAAACAGUCAUCCAGGCUGAUCCGAGUCUAUUCUAGUCAGCAUAUAAUAAUCCCCAGUCCCAGUCCACCAGCAUAACCCAAUUACCCUCUAUUUUCCACAAUACACUCCUCUUUUUCUUCUAUUCUUCAAAGACACCCUCCAUACUCUUCAAAUCAAUAAUUGAUACACCCCACACCCCCCUCCAACCCCCAAAACCAAUCCAAAGCAAAAAUGCCAACAGGAAGCUGUUUCUGCGGCCACAUCCGCAUAAACUACACCGGCCAGCCCAUAACCACAGGAAUCUGCCACUGCAAAGACUGCCGCAAAAUCUCCGGCAGCCUGUCGAUCUACAGCCUCGUAAUCCAACGCGCGGACCUCCAACUCCUCUCCGGUCAACCCAAAGAAGUCCGGAAAACCGCCGACAGCGGGAACCAGAUCCGGAAUUAUUUCUGCGGGGAGUGUGGGACCCCGCUGUAUGGGUGGAGGUUGCAGGAGGAUGGGACUCCGCAUGAGACUGUGAUUCUGCGGGCGGGGAUACUUGAUGAUGAGGAGUUUCUGGAGAGUCAUAAACCUCAAGCGGAGAUCUAUACGGGGAGUCGGUUGGGGUGGGUUGCUCCCGCUGAGGGGGCGGUGCAGGUUCAGGGGAUGGUCGCCUUACCUUAG